AUCAUAAUAUCCUUUUUAAUUGGAUUUUAUUUAUUUAUUCAUUAUUUUCUUACUAGAUUGGAACUUUAAAAGGGUUGAUAGAGAUAUUCAUAGUAAUUGAGGAUGGAAGCAGCUGCAGAGCAAGGAGAGAGAGGAAGCAGAACACAGAUGCUAACAGGCACGGUUUUAGGGAUAGACCACACCGAUCUCUUUUACAGAGUCUGCGCUCUUUGUGAAAGGACCCUUUCCUUUCCCUCCGGUGAUGAUUCUGAUGUCCCAGCUUCUUCCCUCUGCAAAUUCUGCCACCCGCACCCUGCUUCUGCCUCCUCUGCCUCCAAAAGACUCUUCCGAAUCCUGAUGUCGGUUGCGACAGAAACAAAGGUAUUCAGUGUCAUAUGCUUCGAUAGAGUUGCCAGGGUUCUGUUCGGUUGUUCUGCAGAUGACUUCUUUCACUUUGCAAAGCUCCACCCUUUUUGUGGUGUGACUGUAAAUGAGAUUCUGGAGGGAGAGAUGUUCACUAUGACUCUAACCAAGCCCCUCAAUGGCAAUGCUAGACAUCUAAGGCUUGCAUCCGCUGUUCCCUUGAGCUCUACAUUUCAGCCCAUCAUUCAGGUUUUAAGAGAAUACUACACAUCAUCACGUACUAGUUCAUAGUCACAAUUUAUUUUGUGUAAAAAUUUUAAGUGAAAAUCAUUUUACAGUGGCAUAAUUAAGGUACAAGAAGGUGGGAAAUAAAUGUUAGUUAUUUUCAUUUUAUGUUAGCCAUGAUUCAUGAGAAAGAAGUAUUAGCUCCAUUUAGUUUA